AUGGCCAAUUUGCAAAUCGGCAACAUGCAGGGAUUACCAACCGAGCUUACCUCAUUCCUGACGACAUUGCAGGCACAAAUCAUGAAUGUGCAAAACAGAACCGACCAGUUGGAGCGACUUGCAGCAGAGAAUGCAAGACUAACCACUGAAUUAGACCAUGCUAGAACAACAAUUGCUAAUCUGCAGAAGCAAUUAGGAUCUCAGAGUGCACCUGAAAAAAACUUUUCAGAAAUUUCAUUUUCGAACCCAGCCGGCGCAGCAGUAGCACACCAGUAUAUUCGUACCACUAGAAACACUAGUAGUAUAACUGUUUGUACUUAUGCCUGUAAAUUACGUGAUUGGUUUGCUGCAAACUACUAUGCCUAG